UGAUUGAUAAUUUACUUUUCAAUUUACAGAAUAUUAUGGAUAUUGUUUGGCAGAUACUUAUUGCAGUUUUCAUAGUGAUACUGACAGCACUGGUCAUUCUGAAACUGUAUGUGGAGAGUAUUAAAGGAAAAUGCACAAGUGACGUAGAUCUUUCAGGAAAGGUUGCCAUAGUCACAGGGGCCAAUACAGGUAUAGGCUUCCACACAGCGUUAGACUUUGCAAGACGGAAUGCAAGAGUGAUUUUAGCUUGCCGUGACCUUGUUAAAGGUCAGAUGGCUGUAGAUAAGAUACAAGAAGAGACUGGAAAUAAAAAUGUUCUUGUUAUGAAGUUAGAUCUAAGUUUGAUGAAAUCUGUGAGGGAGUUUGUGAAGCUGUUCGAAGAGAAAGAGACAAGAUUAGACAUACUUGUCAACAAUGCAGGAAUGGCAGGUUUGCCAUUGACAAAAACAGAGGAAGGAUUUGAAGUGAUGUUUGCUACAAACCAUUUUGGACAUUUUCUUCUCACAAACCUUCUCAUGGACCUGCUAAAGAAGUCACAGCCCAGUAGAGUAGUGAAUGUAUCAUCCCUGGCACAUAACUGGUCAAAGGGGAUUGACUUUGAGAACCUGAGGGCAGAAAAAGACUAUUCUAUUCACAACUGUUACUUUGAUACCAAACUAGCAAAUAUCCUGUUUACUAGAGAACUGGCAAGAAGGACAGAAUGGACAGGAGUGACCACUUUAUGUUUACAUCCAGGGCCAGUUAAUACUAAAUUAUUGCAUGAUGCUUUCAAUCCUGUCCUAAAACCACUACAUCCUAUAGCUGCUGCAUGCUUUGUAAAGACACCUGAAGAAGGGGCUCAGACCUCUAUAUAUUGCUCAAUAAGCAAGGACAUCGAAGGGGUGUCCGGCAAGUAUUACGUAGACUGCAAAGAGGCUGAAGAGCAGAGUUCUGAGAUGAGCAAAGACAUGGGUGUUGCCAAGAAACUCUGGGAAAUAAGUGAACAGUACACAGGAUUAGCAGAAAAUAACUGAUUAGUUAUAUAAUUAUAUGCUUUACCAAUGAUGUGGUUUCUAUUGCUACAAAACAAAAUAAAUGAUUGUAUUAUCAUCCAGAAGUCUUUCCAUAGAAACAUUGUUAGUCAUUUCUUGUUCACUUUUAUAUUCAAUCUUUGACAAACGACAUCUAUAGCUUACGACAAAAGACUAUGUGCAGGAUUUUUCAUCUAGUUUUGAUCUCGAAGGUUGUUUUUUUUAUGCCUUAUCAUGAGUAUAUGUAUACAUAUCCUUUUGUUUUCUGUCUGACAAUUAGGUUUAAUGAUUUGAUUUUUGCAUGGAUUAUAAUAUACAUAAAUGUGAAUUAAAGGCCCAUUAUGGGUCAGAAACACUAUCAUUUUUAUUUCACAAAAACUUUUUAUCUUUGGUAUCUUGUUAAAGUUUCCCAAAACAUUUGCUAUAUAUACAUGAUCUAUCUUUUGCAUCUUUAGUUCUGUUGGCAAUUGGUAUAAUUAUUGUGAAUUAGUAUUUUGUAUGGAAGUCAAAAUACUACUUUUACAUUUUGCUACUUUUACAACACAUCGCUGCAUGUUCAGCGCUACUUUUUCAGUUGUUAAACAUCUAACAUGCUCUAAAUCCAUUAUUAAAUACACAUAUUUGACAUUUCUAAAGAAUUAAAAAAAUAGAAAUGUGUCCUUUGGACACGGGUGCCCCCACCGCACCACUGUUCUGUCAAUCUUUUUACUAAGUCAAGGGAAAUAACUCUACAAAUACUGGAUAAAUCCACAAGCAAAACCCCAGGUGCAAAUCUAAAUAUGCUGAGCAACCUGCCCAUAAGGUUUAAUGACUCUAUGUCAAAUACUUUUUGAGUAACUUGCGACACAAGUUGAAAAUUGCAAAAAAAUUCUAAGUCAAGGGCAAUAACUCUAACAAGAGGGCCAUGAUGGCCCUGAAGUCGCUCACCUGUAUAUAGGCCCCUGGAGCGGGGCCAGUUUAAACCCCUGGGCUUUUAUUUGAACAAACUUGGUAGACACCCAUUAGAAGAUGUUUCAUGCUAAACAUCUAAGGUCUAGCUCGUUGGGUUUUUUUAAAAGAAAUUUUUUCAAGUUUUUUCUUUACACAUAUAGAUAAAAACAAUGACACACCUGGGGCAGGGCCAGUUUUGACCCCAGGGCUUUUAUUUGAACAAUCUUUGUAGACACUUACUAGAAAAUGUUUCAUGCUUAAUAUCUAAACUCUAGCUAUUCGGGUUUUUUCAAAGAAGAUUUUUAAGUUUUUGCUAUACACAUAUACGGAAAAUCAAUGUCCCCCGGGAUGGGGCCAAUUUUGACCUCAGGGCUUUUAUUUGAGCAAACUUUGUAGACACUCACUAGAAGAUGCUUUGUGCUUAAUAUCUUAACUCUAGCUAUUUGAGUUUUUUUAAAGAAGAUUUUUUAAGUUUUUGUAAUACACAUAUAAGGAAAAUGAAUGAUCCCCGGGGCGGGGCCAAUUUUGACCCAAGGGCUUAUAUUUGAACAAACUUGGUAGACACUCAAGAAAAAAUGUUUCAUGCUUAGUAUCUAAACUCUAGCUAUUUGGUUUUUUUUUUUUUUUCAAAAAAGAUUUUUUAAGUUUUUGCUAUACACAUAUAAGGAAAAUCAAUGACCCCCCGGGCGGGGCAAAUUUUGAUCCCAGGGCUCAUUUUUGAACAAACUUGGUAGACAUCCAUUAGAACAUGUUUCAUGCUAAAUAUCUUAGCUCUAGCUCUUUCGGUUCUUUAAAAGAAGAUUUUUAAGUUUUUACUAUAUGCAUAUAGAGAAAAUCAAUGGCCCCCUGGGGCCGGGCCAAUUUUGACCCCAGGGCUUUUAUUUGAACAAACUUGGUAGACACCCAUUAGAAGA